GUCUGGAUUUGCUUUUGAAACGAUGUCGAACAUGAAACUGCUGGCGAUCUUCCUAGCGCCAUAAUCCGAAGCUAUUGCAACUCAUCAAUCUGACGGCCGUGGCUAUAAAGCGGCUAAUCAAGAUGGCCAAGAAGAUAACUGCAUUCCGUGACAUGUGCCAGGAGGACCAGGUGGCCCUUCUUAAAGGGGGCUGUACCGAAAUGAUGAUAAUGCGUUCGGUGAUGAUCUACGACGACGAUCGCGAUUCCUGGAAAGUGCCACACACCAAAGAAAAUAUGGGUACCAUACGAACUGACCUUCUCAAGUUCGCCGAAGAAAACAUCUACGAGGAGCAUCAGAAAUUCAUUACCACCUUUGACGAGAAAUGGCGCAUGGAUGAGAACAUCAUUUUGAUAAUGUGUGCCAUCGUUCUCUUCACUUCAGCUCGAUCCCGAGUGAUACACAAAGACGUGAUAAGAUUGGAACAGAAUUCCUACUAUUAUCUUCUGCGAAGAUAUUUGGAGAGUGUUUACUCUGGCUGUGAGGCGAAAAAUGCUUUUAUCAAGCUAAUCCAAAAGAUUUCAGACGUGGAGCGUCUGAACAAAUUCAUUAUAAAUGUCUAUUUAAAUGUUAACCCAUCCCAGGUAGAACCUUUGCUACGUGAAAUAUUUGGUUUGAAAAAUCACUAAAACGAUUCGCAUCGGGCAUCAAAUGCCAGUGUCCUAUUAUAAUGGAUGAUCAGCGAGCUGUAGUUGUUGUUGUUUUAAUCUUAAUGUGCGUCGCUCACUGAUUUUUGUUUUAUCUGUCGCUUAUAAUGUUAGAUUUUAGUCGAAUGUGAUUGAUAGAUUUGCAAAUACUACAUAGAUUUUAUAUUUCUACAUCAAAGAGAGCUUAUUUAGGAUACAAGUGCAAAGCAACACAAUUUAAAUGUAAUUUACACCGUUUAAUUAGUUUCAAAUAAACUAAAAUCAAAUGCAAAACUGAACUCAAA